AUGCAUCAAAGAAUAUGGGGUUACUUCACACAUCGUAAUCUUGUAAAAAGUCGUGAGCCUGAUGUGGUCAUCAAACCAAACAUUAAUGUUGACAAUAAAGAACUUUUUAGUGAUAAUGAUUCAAAGACAAAAACUACUGCAACUGACAAAAAAUUUAAAUUAUUCAACAAAAAAGUUUUAAAAAAUAAAGAUUUCAACAUUUUUUUGGGUCAAUAUCAAUAUGACUUAACGGGAAAACCUUUACAAUUAUUCCAUUUACCAGAAUCAAUUGCAAGAACCAACAAUAAACGUAUUCAAGCAAUAAUCAUGAAAAUUUUAAACAAUCACGAGAAUCCAAAAUUUACUUGUUUAUAUCGGCUUCAAGUACACGGAUUAUUUCCACAAUAA